GAUUUCAAUGAUUAUUUACGAUGUGGGUUUAGAUGUCCAUCCCAGAGUCAAGAUCUCCAGCAAUGGCCUGGAACUGUCGUAAGUCACGCUAUCUUUCGGUUUGAAAUGGUGAAGAUUGAGAGCAGGUUAUCUGGAUGGCCCAAUUGACUGGAAAUUUCGGCUUUGAUCUUGACCUAAUUGUUGUGGGAGCUGCAUCUUGCUUGACAUUGAUGGCCUUGUUGCUCGAAUGUCAUGCCAUGUCGUGCGAGAAAUUCCAGGGUUGGUCGGACUCGGCGCACUGCAAUUGCGUAAGACAAUUGUCGAUUGAACACCGAAUGCGGACGCCUCUAAGGUGCUCUAUCUCUCUCUCUGUAGACCUCAAAAGUUGCAGCUUUGAUCAUCAACCAAAUCGAUAAAAUUCAAUACCAACAAAAUCAAAAUGCUUGACCUUGAUCGGAUGAUGCAUAGCCUUUCCAUCUGGGUGGUUUCUCUGCUCUUACUGUUGUCUUUCUUACUGCUUAAAACAAAGACACACAACAAGAAACUUCCUCCAGGCCCUCCAAAGCUUCCUCUGUUGGGUCACUUACACCUUAUUGGCUCCCUCCCCCAUCGCUCCCUGUGGAAACUUUCAAGAACAUAUGGCCCCAUCAUGCUCCUCAAACUUGGCUCUAUUCCAACCAUCGUAAUCUCCUCUGCUGCAGCUGCCAGAGAGGUGUUACAAGUACAUGAUCUUGCUUGUUGCAGCCGACCUCGCCUAGCCGCUAGUGCAAGAUUUUCAUACAACUUUUUAGACAUAGGUUUAUCUCCAUAUAGUGAUCAUUGGAGGGAAGUUCGAAAGAUUUGUGUUCUUGAGCUCUUUAGUGCUCGGCGGGUGCAAUCGUUUAAGUCGAUCAGAGAAGAAGAGGUCGCUCUACUUUUAAAGUCAAUCUCUCAAUCUUCAUCUCUUGAAAUUCCCGUUGAUUUGAGUGAGGCAUCAUAUACUUUCACUGCAAAUAUAACAACACGAAUAGCUUUUGGGAAGAGCUUUAGAGGGAGUGGACUAGAUAAUGGAAAUUUUCACCAAGUUAUCCGUAGAGCAAUCGCAGCAUUGGGAAGCUUCUCAAUGACCGACUUCUUUCCUAAAGUGGGUUGGGUCAUUGAUCGACUCAGUGGGGUUAGUGGGAGGCUGGAGAAGAGCUUUGCUGAGUUGGAUGCUUUUCUCCAACAAGUAGUUGACGAUCACAUCAACUUCAAAGCAACUUCUCAGAAUGAAGAAAAUAUUGUUGAUGUUUUGUUGCAAAUGGAGAGAGAUUGCUCUAAACCUAAUGCCCUACAACUCACUAGAGAUUGCAUCAAGGCACUUAUCAUGGAUAUAUUUAUAGCCGGAGUAAACCCAGGGGCAGGCACCAUUAUUUGGGCAAUGACAGAGCUAGUUAGGAAUCCACGGGUAAUGAAGAAGCUACAAGAUGAGAUCAGAACCAGCAUAAAGGAAAAUCAAGUGAAGGAGAAUGACCUCGAAAAACUUCAAUAUCUAAAAAUGGUGAUGAAAGAGGUUCUAAGGUUGCAUGCACCUGCCCCACUUCUCCUUCCACGAGAAACCUUGUCCCAUUUCAAGCUCAAUGGUUACGACAUUGAUCCCAAGGCUCAUCUUUAUGUCAAUGUAUGGGCUAUCGGACGAGACCUAGAUUACUGGACGAACCCAGAAGAAUUCUUGCCCGAGAGAUUUAUAGGAAGCACUAUUGACUACAAAGGGCAAAAUUUUGAGUAUUUACCAUUUGGAGCGGGUAGGAGAAUCUGUCCUGGGAUGAACAUGGGAAUUGUUACGAUGGAACUGGCAUUGGCUAACCUAUUGCUACUUUUUGAUUGGAAAUUGCCAAAUGGGACGAAGGAUGUAGACAUGGAAGAGGAUGCUGGGCUAACAGUUUCAAAGAAAUCACCUCUUAAACUAUUACCAGUUGGCUACUAAGUUUAGCUCGACUUGUGAAUAAAUUUUGCUGCCAAAUAGCCUGUAAUUAUUCUAUAGAACUUGAGUCUGAUGAACUACAACUUGGUAGAAUUUUGAUAGUUGUAUUUGUUUAGUUUUUAUGAUUACGUUACAUGUUAAUUGAAAUAACAUGUGAUCUUUGGAAUACCAAAUUCAUG